GACGCUGUGUCCGCGCCGCAGGCAAAGUGCCCGGGGACGACUGCCCGCUGGUGUGGGGACAGUGCUCGCAUUGCUUCCACAUGCACUGCAUCCUGAAGUGGCUGCACUCGCAGCAGGUGCAGCAGCACUGCCCCAUGUGCCGCCAGGAGUGGAAGUUCAAGGAGUGAUCCCCUCCGCCCCCGUCCGCCGCUCCUCUCCCGGCUCCGUGGGCGGAGAGCGGCGGUUUCCCUCGGGCUGUGCGGCGGGGGCGGGCGCGGCCAUAAAG